AUGGAGAAGGCACCAUACAGACUAGACGACCUUCCAUACACAAAGGAAGGUUCUGGACAGGCACUGCCUGUCUUCGGCCAAUAUGCUGACGGUAGUAGUCGGGUUCUGUCGCAGCAAGGGGAGUUGCUCGCAAAAGUGACCGGCGACGCGCUGAAGGAUUGUACUCUUGAUGAGCGCAAGCACUACGUAGAGUGUCAGCAAAAUAUCAUCAGCUUCGAACUCAAGGUCGUCCGUGCCGCGUUGUCACAGACCCAUCAUGGCAUUCUUGAAAAAUACAAGGCAAACAUCGAUGCUUUUGUCGUUCAUACCGUAUGGGACAGGCCACAGCUUGAUAUCCUCCACAAAGACGAUCUGAGAGCAAUGGAGGCUCAGCUCCUUGCCAAGCUGAAGUGGAUCGACACCAUUGACUGGUAUCUUAAUAUACCUGCUGUCGACAAGCAGAGCACCCAGGGUGCACAAGCAGCACUCUUGCCAGCCAUGCAAUUACCAGUACCGCCGCAGAUAAUCCAAGCAUUGGAACACUCAGAAAGUAUCCAGUAUAAGAGGACCUUGGUGCAAAGUCCACUUAUGGACAGUGCCAUGGGUAUCGAUAUUACACCAACUUUGGAGAUUGCAUCCAUUGACCGCUCAGAAUUCGCAAAUAUCAACGCCCUUUCUCUGAAGAAAGAUGAAGGUAUCUCAGGGGCCCAUAAUGACCUGCCUUCAUCGCAGGGCCCCAGAAACGACACGAAAGAGGCUGUAGCUCACUCCGACAAGAUUCACCUUCACAACGCACUUCAUGACAGUCUCAAAUCUGCGAGGCCUUGUCUUUCUAUGCGGGCCAACAAAUACUUGACCCCUGACCGUCCAUCACUCCCCUGUUUCGCUGCCGAGUGUGGUGACUAUAUAUCCUCUGCUAUCGGCUAG